ACUCUCCCAAAGCCUUCACGAGGAAAUCUGCAGAUGCUGGAAAUUCAAGCCACACACACAAAAUGCUGGUGGAGCGCAGCAGGCCAGGCAGCAUCUCUAGGGAGAUGCCGUUUCGGGCCCAGACCCUUCGCCUCAAGGCAUUCCUCUCGGAGCAGUCCCUCUUUACGCAAAUGCUCAUGCACUGCGCAGAGGAGCGGCUCAGUGCGUCGUUACCAUGGAGAUGGAGCGACGCGAGAGGCACCAUGAACCGCAGCAAGACCAUUGUGAACAAAGGAUCAUUUGGUAAUCUGAAACAAAGGGAGCAACGUAACAUCAUACGAUUCAAAUGUGUUUUGACAAAUACCAUCCUGGAUGUUCUUCGGCAGCGACCUGGAUGGGUUGAAGUUAAGGAUGAAGGUGAAUGGGACUUUUACUGGUGUGACACCAGUUGGCUGCGAGAGAACUUUGGCUACACGUACAUGGAUGAGCAUGUUCGCAUCUGUCACUUUCGCAAUCACUAUGAGCUGACACGAAAAAAUUUCAUGGUGAAAAACCUGAAGAGGUUUCGCAAACAGCUGGAGCGUGAGCAUGGGAAGCUAGAGGCGGCUAAAUGUGACUUCUUUCCAAAGACAUUUGAGCUGCCUGUUGAGUACCAUCUGUUUGUGGAAGAGUUCAAGAAAAACCCAGGAAUCACAUGGAUUAUGAAACCGGUUGCAAGGUCACAGGGAAAAGGUAUCUUUCUUUUCCGAAGACUCAAAGAUAUCAUGGAAUGGAGAAAGGAUGGGAGUCGUGCAGAUGACUCGAAAGAUGAAGCUACAGUAGAAAGUUAUGUUGUUCAACGCUACAUUGAGAACCCCUACUUAAUAGGAGGGAGGAAAUUUGAUCUACGAGUAUAUGUACUGGUGACAUCUUACAUUCCUCUAAAAGCCUGGUUAUAUCGAGAUGGAUUUGCCCGGUUUUCAAAUACUCGCUUCUCCCUGACCAGCAUCGAUGAUAAUUUCAUACAUCUUACAAAUGUGGCAGUCCAGAAAACCGCUCCGGACUAUGAUCCAGAAAAGGGAUGCAAGUGGUUGCUGCAACAGCUGCGACUGUAUCUGACAGCGAAACAUGGCACUGAGGCUAUAGAAACACUCUUCAGAGACAUGGACAACAUUUUUAUUAAAAGCUUACAGAGUGUCCAGAAUGUAAUCAUUAACGACAAGCAUUGCUUUGAACUGUAUGGAUAUGACAUUCUGAUCAAUAAGAACCUGAAACCGUGGCUUUUGGAAGUGAAUGCAUCUCCAUCACUGAUAGCCAGCAGCCAGGAGGAUUAUGAGUUGAAAUGUCGCCUGCUGCAGGACACAGUGAACGUUGUAGACAUGGAAGGAAGGCUCACUGGGAAAGAGAAGCAGGUUGGAGGUUUUGACCUGAUGUGGAACGAUGGUCCUGUUUAUAGUGAAGAUCUAGAUUUUGAAGGAGGCAUUAAUCUCAUUGCUAACACUCACUUGGGCUGCCUGAAUGACAGGGAGAAGCAGUUGUGGCAUCUGUUAAAGCCAUUCACCACCCAGAAGAAGCAGCAGUGAACAGUGGGAGGAAACAGAAGAAUACAUGCAUACAGUGUCCCUGUCCCACACAGAGCUAGCUAAUACCUAUGCUUCGAAUCUAAUACAGGUGCAAGGCAGGACUGUCUAAUUGCAGUUUCAAGUAUGUAUCUGUUUAUCAGACAGUAUAUUGCCCUUGUCCUAAAACACUCCACUGGGUAUUGGAGUAUAAUGCAUUGUAUGUAUUUUCUACAGGAAGCAAAAACCAAAUGCAUCAUCACUGUAGGUUCUCUAAGCUCAUUGCCAAACACUCAGCACAGAUUGUCUUGGCUUCAUGCAUAGGUGACAUUAAUUGUAACUUGUAUUUACUUUAUAAGAACUUGGAGAAAAAUAGUGAUAUGAGCAGUGGAAGAUUCAGUGACAAUAAAUGUGUAGUUGACAAACAAUUUCCCUGAAUAUAGGAGACGGGUAGCACUGUUGUCCUGCACCCACACUGAACAGGCCUAUGGUUCUUGAACCAAACAUGAAACAUUGUUAAGAACACCUUGAGAUCACUUGUGUCUGAUGUUAACAACACAGUAGUUACUUCAGUCGCCUGUCUGUAUGUUCCAUUGUCCUGCCCUAACCACCUCCAUUAACACGAACGCAAUUCAGAAAGAGGCUUCCAGCUAUGUUUCCUUACUGAGGCCUGUGUUAUGCAAUCAACUCCUUUUACUGUGGAGAUUAAAUUCUGCCACAUGAUUCAAACUCCCACUCCCCACCAGUGGUGCAUCUCCCACAAAAGUAGUUAACAGACUAUCCCUGAAAAAUUGCUCAAUCCUUGCAGCUCCUGCACUGACACUGCAUGCAAUGUGUGAGAUGUUCUUCCUGUAAUCAGUUAAUCCUGGAGUGCCCAGCUUAAGCUGAGUGCAUGCUGGAUGGUUCUUGAGAUAACCUCCUGCAUCCAAUUAAUCCUACUCAAACAGCUUUUCAUCAAGGUUCACACUAAUAGUAUUCAAAUAUAAAGUGAAAAACCAGCCUUGUAGCAUCUGGCAGGAUUACUCUGUUACAAAUAAGUUUCAAUUAUUGGUGAGUCCAGGACUCCAGUAACCUGAGCUACUCAAAAGCAUAUCAUAUGACUGCAGUAUUAUUAUUUUGGACAAAUGGGGUUUGUCAACCAUGGAUGGCAGAUCAUCUAGGAGAAGGAAAACUCUGAUCUCAAACCUCUGCUGCCUUGGGGUUAUACCCUCUCAUGGGGCAGACUUCAGGAAUAAACCCAGAGUAAAAAAAAUCCAGAGCUGGAGUCCCUAAAGCAGUCCUCCAUUUUGCCAAUCACCUUUCUGGCUCUCAGCUUCACUCCACCCCCUCCAGUCUUCUAUCAUUUUGCAUUUCCCCCUCCUACUUUCAAAUCUCUUACUAUCUUUCCUUUCAGUUAGUCCUGACGAAGGGUCUUGGCCCGAAACGUCGACAGUGCUUCUCCCUAUAGAUGCUGCCUGGCCUGCUGUGUUCCACCAGCAUUUUGUGUGCGUUCCUCCAUUAAGCUCAAUGUUGACUGACAACUCUUGCAAUGCUGCUGUUAUCAACGGUCUCUGCCGUUCCUUUGAGUUUAUCAGAUGUGUGGAGAGGCUGAGCAUGCUACAUGGGCAACAGCUUGCUCCCCAUAUCAUACUGUCCAGGCUUGCAUAUCUGGACAGCUAGGAUGCAACAUCUAUGGUCAACCCUGACUGAUGGAGGCCUUCACAUUAUUAUUGAAAUGAUUGACCUGUCAAAGAACCUCUAGUUAGUUACAUGUGUCCAUGUAGAUUUAAAUUUUUUUUAAAAACUCCUGAGUUCUUAUCUGAUAGAGAACCAUGAUUUUCACAUGUAUAGUGGUUGUUGACCCCAGUGACAUCUGGUAGUUUGGUAGAGUUCUAAAGCAAUAACAAUUAAGAUGAAUGGUUUUAUGCUUGUUAAGCAAAGUCCAUUGUAAGAGGCUGAGCAAAACCUCACUAAAUCAGGAGACUGUGGCUUGGUAUAAACCUGACCAAUCAAGACUCUAUCAACCUCUGCCUUAAAUAUACAUACAGAUUUGGCCUCCAAAGCUGCCUGUGACAACGAAUUCCACAGAUUCGCCACUCUCUGGCUAAAGAGAUUGCUUCUCAUCUCCAUUCUAAAAGGGUGCCCUUCUAUUCAGUGGCUGUGUCCUCUGAUCUUAGACUUUCACACCAUAGGCAAUAACCUCUCCACAUCCACUUUAUCAAGGCCUUUCACCAUUUGAUAGGUUUCAAUGAAGUCACUCCUCAUUCUUCUGAAUUCCAGUGAUUACAGGCCCAGAGCCAUCAAAUACUCUUCGUAUGACAAGCCAUUCGAACCUGGAAUCAUUUUCAUGAACCUCCUUUGAACCUCUCCGGUUUCAGCACAUCCUUUCUAAGAUAAGGGGCCCAAACCUGCUCACAAUACUCCAAGUGAGGUCUCACCAGUGUUUUAUAGUCUCAACAUUACACCCUUGCUUUUAUACUUUAGACUUCAUAUUCUCAUAAACCAGAAAAAGAAAGUGGGAGGAGAGGUAGGAGCACAAGAUGGUAAGCAAUAGGUGAGGGAAUGGGGAUGAAAGGGAAUAAUGUGAAAACCUAGGGGAGAAGAGACAAAGAGCUGAAGAAGGAGAUAUCUGAUAGGAGAGGGUAGUAGGCCAUAGAAUAAAGGAAGGGACUCUUCAGGUGAGAAGAGGACAGUGGACCAUGGUGUAAAGGGAAGGGAGUGGAGUAACAGAGGAAGUGAUGGGCAGGUGAAGAGAAAGGGCAAGAGAGCCGGCAGAAUGAGGGAAAACAAAGGGAGUAGCUCCCAGAAGUGCCGCCAAAGUGAGCAGAAUAGAGCAAGUACAGUUUAUUGAGUAUCGUAUCAGGCAAUGACUGUCUCCAACAAGACCUGCUGUUGAUGUUCAGUGAAGUUAUCUUUGCUGAGUUCCACACUCUGAAUAUCCUGGGGAGUUACCAUUAAACAAAAUUCUGACCAAAUCAGACACAUGGCUGCAAGAGCAGUUCAAAGUCUGGGUAUCCUGUGGUGACUGACCCACCUCCUGACCUCUCACGUCUAUUCUACAAGGCAGAAGUCUGGAAUGGAAGUUUUUAAUCAAAAUGAAAUUUAUUCAUAAUAAAACUUAUUUAC